UCAUCAAGAUGGAAAGCUCAGACUCUAGUGACAAAGGAAAUAUUGAUCAAUCAGAAGCACAACGUCAGAGUCAGCUAGAUAGGUUAGAUCGAGAGGAAGCUUUCUACCAGUUUGUGAACAACCUGAGUGAAGAGGACUACAGGCUUAUGAGAGAUAACAAUUUGCUAGGAACACCAGGUGAAAUUACUGAAGAAGAGUUGCUGAGAAGGCUACACCAAGUUAAAGAAGGUCCACCACAGCAAAACAAUGAUGAGAAUAGAGGUGCAGAGUCUGCAGAAGAUGUUUCAAAUGGAGAUUCUAUAAUAGACUGGCUUAAUUCAGUCCGACAAACUGGGAAUACAACACGAAGUGGGCAACGAGGAAACCAGUCUUGGAGAGCAGUGAGCCGGACUAACCCAAAUAGUGGUGACUUCAGAUUUAGUUUGGAAAUAAAUGUCAACCGUAAUAAUGGGAACACAAAUCCAGAAACUGAGAACGAGCCACCUGUAGAGCCUUCCAGCGGGGAGGAUUUGGAACACAGCCAAAGUGACUCUGAAAUUCCAAGGUCUGAAUCGCCAUCCAUAAGGCAGCCUGGGACAGAAAGGAGCACUUCUGAGGAGCUAACAACUGAGGAAGCUUCCCCUCCUAGAGGGCAGAGGAGAGCGAGGAGCAGGAGUCCAGAACAGCGGAGGACGCGGGCUAGGACUGAUAGAAGUAGGUCACCUAUUAACCCAGUGAGCGAGGCUCCUCGCAGGUCUCAUCACAAUACAUCAUCUCAAACACUUGACCACUCCUCAGUGAACGAAGCUGAGGGAAGCUCUAGAACUAGGCAGCACGUGACUCUAAGGCAGCACGCCGUGGGGACUGAGGCACCAAGCGAAAACGUGGUUCUGUUUUCAACCCCAGAAACAAGACCUGUUCCUCAAGCAGCAGGUUCUUCAGAAACCAACAGCACCAGUGAGUCUGCACCUCCUGGGCAGAGGCCUCCUACCAUAGUCCUUGAUCUUCAGGUGAGAAGAGUUCGUCCAGGAGAGUACCGGCAGAGGGACAGCAUAGCCAACAGAACUCGGUCCAGGUCCCAGACCCCCAACAACACUGUCACUUAUGAGAGCGAGCGGGGAGGGUUCCGGCGCACAUUUUCACGCUCGGAGCGGGCUGGAGUGAGAACUUAUGUCAGCACCAUUAGGAUUCCCAUCCGUAGGAUCUUGAACACAGGCUUGAGUGAGACCACAUCAGUUGCUAUUCAGACGAUGCUCAGGCAGAUAAUGACAGGCUUUGGAGAGCUGAGUUACUUCAUGUAUAGUGAUAGUGAUGCAGAUCCUAGUGGCCCAACUCCGAAUCAGAACGUGGAUGCUUCUGAGCCCCAGAAUGGAGGUGGUGGUACUUCAAACAAUGAAGGUACAGAUGUUAGCUCAGGGGAGGUGUAUGAAGGUGGUAAUGAAGGUGGUUCAACAUCUGGUGCCAGACGGGAAGGUCGGAAUACGAGGGGAUCGGUCACGUUUGAAGAAAGUGGUUCUCUACCAUUCCUUAGCCUAGCACAGUUUUUCCUACUAAACGAAGAUGACGAUGACCAACCAAGAGGACUCACCAAAGAACAAAUUGACAACCUAGCCAUGAGGAAUUUUGGUGAGAGUGAUGCUCUGAAGACCUGUAGUGUGUGUAUUACAGAGUACACGGAAGGCAACAAGCUCCGGAAAUUGCCUUGUUCCCACGAGUAUCACGUCCACUGCAUUGACCGCUGGUUAUCAGAAAAUUCCACUUGUCCCAUUUGUCGCAGAGCAGUCUUAGCUUCUGGUAACAGGGAGAGUGUUGUCUAAAUGAGUUCUGAAUUUAUGGCCAAGCAGCUGGUGUGAUAGUGAUGGGCAAAGAAGUCACUUCCUUUAUGGCCACUUUUUGAGUGGUGCCUCAAUGUAUAGUAAUGACUCGGAGUGAAUCUUCCCUCAUGAAAGCAUUUUGUCUUAAUUCAAGCUUUUAAAAUUGGAACGUUUCUUUAAUUAGGGUUUUCAAGAUUGAGUCAGUUUGGGUGUUAAAUUUCACAUGUCCAAAGACAUCUACCUACUUCAAGUUAUUAUUUUUUUUUGGUGAAGAUUAUUAAGUUCUUUCCCCCACCCAGCCCCUGCCAUCCCAGUCCAAUAAACAUUUUGUCCUCAA